GUAGCGUAGCACAGGCUACCAAGUUGGAACGUGUCACAAUUCAGCAGCCAACAAACAAACUGUGUACUCGACUGUGGAGUCUGCCCUGCUGGAGGUCAUUGAACCCACGAAUUGGCAUUACCUAACGCCGAAGAGUAUGUAGCGGGUACUGUAGUAGUUGACUUACUAACUGGUAGUCCCUAGGUAGUAGUUGACUUACUGACUGGUAGUGCCAGGUAAUAGUUGACUUACUGACUGGUUGUGUCUGCUACAUUAAUAUUGCCGGCAGAAAUGAUUGUUUCUGAAACCAAUAAAAUAUUUUAGUAUAAUUAAUGAAUUUCUCGUAGAAUCAUAAAAUCCUGGUGGUUGGAUGUUAUGUGUAGUGUGAGUAGAUUGAAUACAAAUUUAGUAAUUUUAAGACAUUUUUUCUCCGGCUGUUCUGAAAUCCUAGAGUGCCCCCUCCGAGGUGAACCUCUGGGUCCGCCACUGGCUUGUUGUUUUUAAGUUACGGUGUUUCAAAGUUACGAUGUUUCUAAGUUAUGUGGUGUUUUCAAGAACUUAUUUUUUAAGUUAUGACUGAUGAGGAAAACGUAUCAAUCAUUACACUUAUAAUACAUGUUUACAUUAUUGCAAUCAGCCUGUGCAUGAUUUCCUUUCACGAAUGGCUUGUUUCAAAACGCAGUCUGUGCUUUCCACGAUGGAAAUAACUUUUUCAAUUUUCAAUGUGUUGGUUGUUGUGGGGUUGGGUCCACCGAAUUUUGUGCUUGUUUUUUUUUUUUUUUUUUUUUUAAUGAAGAAAUGUUUUGUUGACCAUCGCCUACGUUAAAUUUCGUUUUAGAUCAAUCCCGCCCAUAAUAUUGCAAAACGAAACGUACUGAAACAUCCAUAUAACUUAAUGAAAAUUAGCUGAACAAUAGAAAAAAAUACGUAUAAGUCCUAAAGAUUUGUUUUCAUUCUACAAGAAAAUUCAAGUGUUUGUUGAAUUUUGUUUAGACAAAUUUAGCCACUGCAAGGAAGGCUCCAAACUGUUAAAAAAAUGAUCACUCUUAACAUUUUUGGCCCAUCCGGAGUUCUUUAAAUGAUUUUGCAGAAUUUUUUAUACAGAGAGAUUUUGCUUGCAAAGUGAAUUUCGAAAAGGGAAAGGGGGAAAUUUUGGCUAAUUUUGUAAGUUAGCGUUGGUUCAAAAUGGUAAUAAUUUUUACGUUCGAAGGUCAACCAAUAUGGCGGUUUUAACGUACUUCAAGAUCAUCCAAAACCGUAAUCCCGUGCCAGAACGUACUGAGUUAUACUACUUUGUACAAUCGGAACAGUUCCAUCGUUGAUUGGCAUGCGCGCGGCCGCUACAUAGGGAUUAAAUCAUGCCAUCGUGCAUUAAGUCAUUUUUCGAUGUAAUUUUGUAUUUGUGUGGUACAGUCUAUGCCCAAACGCAAGUGAUUCGUUUCUAAUGUACUCGGCGUUUGUAGGGAAGCCUAAGAUGUACAUCAAGUUCUGUCCCUGCCCGAACACGCCCGAAUACUAACCUUCGGCCAAUCUCGGGUUCAUUUAAAAUAUAUUUAUAUUUCUCUGUUUAUUUUAAUGUGGCUAUACUAACCUAACUAACAGUCCAUAGUGUUUUAAAUUGUUUUAAUGUAGCUAACCUAACCGACAACUUUUAAUAUUUGAAUUCAUUUUUCCUGCGCAAAAAUAAAACAAAUCCCGAGGUUGGCCGAAGGUGAAUAUUCGGGCGUGUUCGGGCAGGGACAGAGCUUGAUGGACAUCUUAGGCUUCUCGCGUUUGUAGUCUUCGCCUCCUGACCGCGUCAUAACAAAACAUUGAUGAAAUGAUUGCAUACUUUUAUGAAUAAAAUUGAAUCAUUUUUAUUUUAAUAAAAAAAGAAUAAAUACUUGAAUUUAUACUAGUAAUCAGAUUUUUAAAAUGCAAGAAUAAUUAACCUUAUUUGCCGAAAUUGUUGUUGUAAUAAGCAAUGCAAACUACAUUAACUUUUCAUUUCACUUUAUAAACAGUCGACGAAACAGUUCACGUGUAGAUGACUUGUAAUUAAUUUAAAAAAACUGGCGUUUAGCUAUAAAGUUUAAAUAUAAUUAUGAACAAGUGUUCAUAUAAAUAACCUGUAAUCAAAUAUCUAUCAUCAAUUAUAUGAGUCACCAUAAUUUUUUAGUCAAUUGUUACAUAACCUAUUAUUAAUGCACUCGCCGACAGCGUAACGGAACAGUGUGCGAAACGGGACACUAUUUCGUGCGUGCAGCCGGCGUUCAUCGAUUUAUUAGACGUCACGUCAAAAAAAAAUAUCGCGCGUGUUCGCAGUUACGAUCAUUGGACGAUGUUUUACAGGUCGAAAAUGAAUGACCCAACAGCAUGUGCAAUAGAACUUCUGGAAUAAAUUUACAGGAGGAAAUCUCUUUAUUAGUAGUAACGAUAAGAAGAAAAAAAUUAAAUUAUAGCUAAACCAGGCUUCGAAAUUUACACAGGUGUUUGAAGCUGUGACUAGUCAUUUUUGGAAAUGCGAUAUGAGGGUUGUUAUCCCCCUUUAAAAGGUAGUUUCCAAAGUUACUUUGCUUCCAUAAUUUCAUGGUUUUGCUCAGUUUUAAAUAAAUUCAUAAUAUAAUUAUUGUUCAAUGUUUAUAAAGCGUUUUAUAACUUUAAAUGUUUUUAGUGUCAAUUCUAGAAUGAACUUGAGCAUGAAAUAGUGUUAUAUACUGUUUUAAAUUAAUGGUUUUUGUGUGUAGCAUUUGACAUUUAUUACUUAAUUGUUUGUAUAUAAUUCAUAAAUAAAAGUAUUAGAUUUCCGAAAUCCCGAUAAACUCAGGUUUUUUUUAAUGAUUGUGGGUAAACCAAAUUAUUUUAUUGAUUUAUGAAUUAUGUACAAAAAAUAAUACUUUUAAAAAGCUUCACACAAAGGAUUAAUUUAAAACUGUAUGCAAUACGAUUACAUGCUCUCAGUUCAUGCUAGGGUUGAUGUAAAAAUUGGCCUUUAAGUAAUGGGCUAUGUGUUAAAUCUGUAAAACACUUUAUAAACAGUUAACUUUAAACCGUUGUUAAUUUCUAUUUAAUAUAGGUAUAAUCUGUGAAAUGUUGUCACAACGUUGCAUUCGAAUACCCGCGUGUUUUUAUAUACCUAUUUCACACCUGUAACCGGUAAAAGUAUAGAUAAAAAUACAUAUAAAUUAUUUUUUAUGUGUUCAUCUACAGUUAUAGGUAGUAAGAUAUAGACAUAGAUGUAUAGAGUUAUAGAGAUAUAGAGAGAUCUAAAUAAAGAGAGAGAGAUUGACAAAUAGAUAGAAACAUAAAUACAUAAAGAGAGAUAUAGAGUGGUUUUUAUGUUAUAUGUGUACCUAUUUCAAACAAAUUAUUUUAAUUUAAGAGGCAUUAGUAACGCAAGCUGGGAAUUAGCUAGUUUAUAGUAACGAGCGAAAACACGAGACUAUGGAAGCAAAUGAACUCAGGACUCGCCCUCUGAACAGCCGCGGGUAGUCGCGCUACUGGUCUGCGCCGUCACAAAUAUUUAACUCCGCCGCCGGUAUUUACCGCCGUCCUUUGUGCGCGCGGGGGUGGGGGGGGGGGGGGGGGGGGUUAUCCGAGGUCAGUGCCGGGGAGGGCUGCCUUAAGGCCCUUUCUCUCACGCCGUCAAUAGGUAUCAUCAUUCAAAGGCUCUUUCUGAAAUUUUUAACACGUUACCUCCCACGCAUGUUUUUUUUUUCUGUCUCACUAAUAUUUGCGACAGAUAUUUACUUAGGUUGGCAAAUUGUGUGAAAAGUGGCGCAAGUGAUUACGAACUAUUGCGUGACUUUUUAAAUACUCAUAUUACACGUAGUGAACAUCUGUUGAAAAAUUUUUGUGACAACAAAAAAUUUAAAUUCAAGAAAUGUAUCAUGCUAAACAUACAGAAAUAUGUAGCCAUUAAAUAAUAUUGAUGACAACAAAACAAAAAAUAAAUAAAACAUGACGUGUAAAACCUAGUCUUAAAAGGGGGUAAAUUUCCGAAAUUGUUUAAUUCGCCGUAAUCCUGUAUUUUCGCCGGGUCUUUCAAAUUUAAUUAAUAGUGUUACGAGGAGGCCAGAGACGGCUGGAAGCGGCGCGCCGGCAGCGAUUAUCUCCGGGGAAACCCCGCUGCGACCAGGGAGUGCCCGCGCCUCCCUCCCCUCCCCUCCCAGCGGAGUCCAGGCGCCUCCUUGUCUUUCUGGAGGGUUCUACGAGUCCCGAGAGCAGCGUAACUAGGACGCCACUGUUCUGGCGGCCUGACGACGCGACACGGCCGAGGGUUGCGGGAGUGUGAGAGCAGUGGAGUGAAGGGGGCGAGUGUGGCUCCCUUGGCGAGCGAUGGCGGGCGACGAGAGACUGACCUCGCGUGCGUAGGGGUCGUUACCACAACGCCGAAAUACCACAACGCCGAACGUACAAUAACGCCGAAUGCCAAAUUGACCGCAACGCCGACAGCUAGAAAACUGCUGUGUACCACAACGCCGAAAUACAGUAACGCCGAAAAAUGUUGCUGCGGGGAGGGGCCACAGGAGCAAAAUGAAAAACAACUGAAUGAAUUUGUGUGUUUUGUGUUUCUUAAAUGUAUCUUAACGCCGAAAUACCGCAACCUAACCUAACCUAACCUAGGCUAGUCUAACCUAGCCUAACCUUACCUAACCUAACCUAACCUAACCUAACCUAACCUAACCUAACCUAACCUAACCUAACCUUUGUGGCAGUCCUGCAAUGACAUUUUUCGGCGUUACUGUAUUUCGGCGUUGUGGUAGACAGCCGUUUUCUAGCUGUCGGCGUUGUAGUCAAUUUGGCAUUCGGCGUUAUGGUUUUCGGCGUCGUUGUGCGUCCCCGUGCGGACGAGAGAGCGGUGCCGGGACCGAGGUGCGUGGUAGCAAGACUCGACCACUGUCCAGUCGAGCUCCAGCGGGGAGAGUAAAUGAUGGACUUAUGAAAGAGUCAUUAAUUUGUAGACACGCAUUUAAAUUGUUGUAAUUUAGGAAGGAAAAAAAGUGUAUAUAUUAGUCAGUAAAUAAAUCUCUAGUUGAUUAAUUGGGCUAGCCUUUCGGACCUGCAUUCCCACACGUAACAAUAAUAUAACUGUGUUUGAUAUUAAGUGGUUUUACCUCAUCGGUGCGUGUUAUCAAUGGUUUUGAGAGCCUUAAGUACCAAUUUAUAUUUCAGUCCUAGCAUGAAUUGAGAGCGUUAAAUUUUGUGUUGAUACUAUUUUUAAUCUGCCAUUGGUAUGUAGCAUUUAUCGUAUAGCUUUAUGUUAGGAUUUCACUUAUAAAUAAAUAAAAAUUUUGUUUUCCCAAAAUUCGGAUCUAGGGUUCUAGGCUUUUUAGAAAACUAAAUUAAUUUUUACUAAUUAUAUUCUUAAAAUAAUGAGUAAUUUAAUUGAUGGCACAAUCUGUAAACAAUCACUUAUAGAAAUGUUAGAAUUUGCUUGAAAUCAUGCGUUAAAUCACGAAUUUAACCAGCAUACUAUUUUAGGAUAUUGCCUACUUGGGUCCUGUAAACAGAUACAUGGAAAGGCACAAAACUCUCGACAAAUUGGACUAAAAUUGAAUUUCGACACGGUGGAAGAUAUCUUAAAAGUUGGGUUUUAUUCAUAAUAAAACUUUAAGUUUUCAGUAUUUUUAUUUUAUUUUAACAUUUUGUCCUACUAUAAUACGAGGAUCACAUUGAUUAAACUGACAGUAGGAUAUACUUAAUUUUUACAUCUGUGGCUAAAUAACUGUGACAUACACAUGUACGUCUACGAAUAUGUUACCCGACUGUGAUUCUGUGAUUAUUGGUGACAUUCAACAAUGUAUAUGUUAACCUCAAGAUAAAACUUGGAGUGUGUUUCUGAGAGGAGAAGCCUAAGAUGUACAUCAAGUUCUGCCCCCUUUCCGAUUACACCCGAACAAUUCACCUUCGGCCAACUUCGGGAUUUGUUUUAUUUUUGCGCAGGAAAGACGAAUUCAAAUAUUAAAAGUGGUCGGUUAGGUUAGCUACGUUAAAACACUUUAAAACACUAUGGACGGUUAGUUAGGUUAGUAUAGCUACAUUAAAAUAAACAGAUAAAUGUAUAAAUAUAUAUAAAUGAACCCGAGGUUGGCCAAAGGUGAAUAUUCGGGCGUGUUCGGGCAGGGACAGAACUUGAUGUACGUCUUAGGCUUCCCUUCUGAGAGAGCCUGUUGCAGUCGCACGCCGCAGGUUGGCGAACGACCUUGAGCAGUACUGCGUCUUGCGAGCGGAAAUGCAGUGGUUUUCGCUCCACAACACCAGCCGGUUGUUUGGAAAUGGUUUACACCGGUGUUUACCUUGUGCGUCACUCGUGACAUUCAAGUUUAAUCCUAGAUUACAUCAUCUUGCAGGGUUCCACAAAAAAAUUGCUUUUCGACGCAAUUACUCUCGUAUACUUUCUCCGUGGCUGGAAAACAACGUAGAACGUCAUCGUACACAAACGUGUUGGAAAAAUUCCAAAAUUUGAUUUUACAUAUGUAACUUGUAACGAUGAAGCUAAGAUUAACUUUUUUUUUUUUAAUUGCUGGUUUAAGAUUGAUUGAAGCGUAAGAUAAACAAAAUAUUCGACUUGGAAAAGCAACAAAUUUUCCGAAGAUCUAUGAGCUGGAGAAAUAUGUUUACAAACAACCUUGCACAGUCCUUAUUUGGAAAACCAGUGAUGCUUCAGCAUCCCCUCGCAUAGUUGCAUAGAAUUUGUGUUUAUUUUAUUGUAACAGUAAAUAAAGCAACGAACCGUGCUCAGUUUCCUUUCAGUACCGCGACGACAGAACUGAAGCUCAAUGGAAACGCCAUCUAUGCGUCAGCCGUGCUGCGUCAGACGCUACUUAGCGUGCCACAUCCACUAGUCUGACGCAGUGGUUCCCAAACUUUUUCAGCUGGCGACCCACCUUUCCUUAUAGGAGUACCUCCACGGUCUAGCCGACCAUGGUGGAGUAAAAAAACAUUAUUUGUAUCGUAAGGCAUCGCUUCCUAAUGUAUAUAUAAUUUUCCAUCAAAUAUUGCAAAUAUACACAUAUACAUAUUUAUUCCUUUUUUUAAGAUACCGAUUGAUUAUUGAUAUACAAGUUGUGGUCUGAUUUGAAAUUGGUUGACAAAAUAAAAGCACUCUGUAGCAAAACAGUUAUUUAUUUAACAAUAGACAUGUGUUUGCACACAGUUCGAUUUGUUUGCGAUGUUUCUUAUUUUUUUCUGACGGUUUAUUCGAUGGUUUCUGAUGGUUUUAGGAUCGAGUCGCGACCCACCGUUUGGGAACCGCUGGUCUGACGCAUAUGCUUCACGGAAUAUCGCAAUAGAUAUUUGUCAUGGCUCUCAGCUAAACAUUAAUGGAAAUGUGUAAAAAAAAAAAAUGCAUUUGCUAUAUAUUUCUUGAAAUUUUAACUGAGCCAAACCUGUUAUUUUCAUCAUUACACAUUUAUUUGUGUUUGCAUUUUUCUGGUAUAUAUAUAUUUCCCCUCUUUUCAAAGUUACUCAACGAAAAAAACAACACAAUAAUACGAUAAAAAUCUUAAUUCAAAUGUUGUUAGGAAAUAAUUAUCCUCGAGCGAUUUCACAUUUUGUUGUACUCAUCAUGCUUCUUUGUCAUUGGUGAAUAUUGUUAAUGAUUGGAAUGCAGACGGUGCUGUCUGGCAUCAAAAAGUUCAAGUUGGCCGGCUCCGGUCAGAUUUUUGACAUUUUUUUUUCCUCCUAACCUAACAAAAACUAAGUGUGUUUGGGAGGGGUCCGGGUUAAGGAGGGAGAUUUAAGUGCGUCUCAGGCCGAAGCCUAUACGCUCUAAUCAUGCAGGGUGUUAGCCAUGCAGGAGAGGUAGCAUGCAUCGUGUGCUAGGAGGGGAUUGGCCAGCAAUGACUAACUCCCCUCACUGACUAUCCUAGACUAAAACUAGAUAAGUUGGGCCCAGGUUAAACCUGUAUAUACACAGGGGAAAAUCCUGGCCACUUACUUGCGGGAUGCAAAAAUUUCAUGCAUUAAUAUCAGGCAGGUCGGUUACGGUAAAUAUAAGGAUGGUUCUGGAUGAAGAGUUGGACAGAGCGAAAAAGUGUCUAUCUACCAUGCGGGGAGGUUGGGCGCUUGGACUUUUACGUUCGCAUUGUGUUUGGAUGGCGCUGGUUGCUUCGGGGGCGACCUUUUUGUCGUUUCCCGCCAGGCUGCCGGCCAGCCCAGCUCCGGUCAGACAUCCGCUCCACAGAACUACACCGUCAGCACCUGACGUCAUUGUUCACGACAGCCAAUCAAAUGCCAGACCCGCGACUGGCUGUUGUCUGUUGCUUCUUCCCUCCCCCGGGACGCAUCACAACGCCGAAAUACCACAACGCCGAAAUAGGUACACAAACGCCGAAAAAUGUCAUUGCAGGACUGCCACAAAGGUUAGGUUAGGUUAGACUAGGCUAGGUUAGGUUAUAUUACGCUAGGUUAGGUUAGGUUUGAUUGUGGUAUUUCGGCGGUAAGGUACAUUUAAGAAACACACACAAAUUCAUUCAGUUGUUAUUUCGGCGUUGUGGUACACAGCAGUUUUCUAGCUGUCGGCGUUGUGGUCAAUUUUGACAUUCGGCGUUGCGGUAUUUCGGCGUUGUGGUAACGACCCUUCUUCCCCUUCCCUCCUUGCACAUUCGCGUCAUCGCACUAGCAGUCGAACGUGCCGAUACGCGCCCAAUCAGUGUUCCAAAUCGACGCAAUAGAUAGCGCUACUGUAGCCAGCUAGUUAUUUUUUUUUUUAAUUCAUAGAGAGCGUUAACACUUACAAUUAAACAAUAAUUGAUAUGUUUGUGACGGAAUUAAAUGUAUGAAUGAAAUAGUAAAAAAAUAUAAAUUUUUAUUCUUUAUUAAUUGUACUUUUUUUUUCAGGUGAUAUGUUACCACCUGAUCGCUUCUAUAAAACCUGGAUAAAAUUAAAUUAGCAGUUUUAUGUAAAGAAGCACUGUUGUUAUAACGAAACAAAAUCCUUUCAACGUUCUGAAAUUGUACCGAGCAUCCUGGCAACUAAAAAAGUACUGAGGAGUUUUUUUUAUUUACUCCACUAUGCGAGCCUGACAGUUCGAGCUUUAAAAAACUGUUGACAAUUUAUUUUUUAAAGUACAUUCUACCAUCAAGCACUUUCAAUCGCGUUACUUCAUUUUUGGGUUCAUAGGUAUCGUUGUAGUCGGUGAUGGUACGCGGGUAUGGGAAAACAAGGCUGAGUUUCCAGUGUAGUAGUAGUAGUAGUAGUAGCAGCAGCAGCAGCAGCAGCAGCAGCAGCAGCAGCAGCAGCAGCAGCAGCAGCAGCAGCAGCAGCAGCAGCAGGAGUAGUUCUUUUAAGGAGAGAGGUUAAAAAAAUCUUCAAAAGACACCAACGAAAGCGAAUUUGAAGAAUUAGUUGGAGUUGUUAGUGUGGGUUUUUUUGCCCACUAAAAACAACCCUCUCUCUUCUAACUCUCACCAUGAGCAGAGGGCGGCCAGACUGGAGUAGUAGUAGCAGCAGCAGUAGUAGUACUAGCAGCAGUAGCAGUAUUUUUUUUUGGGAGAAAGGUUUAAAAAUCUUCAAAAGACACCAACAGGUGGGAUUGUUGGUAGUGUCAGAUUUUUACUGACUAAAAACAGUCUUCUCUUUCUGCCCUUCUUUUGGGAAGGGGGCCAGACCGGGAACCGCUUUCGCAUUACUUCAGCCUGGCCCAGGUUACGCAGUAGUAGUAGGGUAGUAGUAGUAGCAGUAGUAGGAUCAGCAGUAGUAGUAGUUGUUGCCGGCAGUGCCACAGCUGUCUGUGCGCGCUCCAAUUAGCUCCCUAGUGGGCGGGUCCGUUCUGACUGACGUCACACAGGCCGUUCACCCGCCGCGCGCACUAACUCACUUAGCGAGGCGUCUGGCUUGUUUACCUGCGGCCGCCGCAUCCCAAGGUCGGGAAGCCUUCAUUCCACAGGCGAGAGAGCCACACCCCAAGUUCAUGCUCGCUUUUUUCUAUCUCAUUGUACAAACCGGCGUGGCAUUACAUUUUGCGGUCGAUUAGGAUAGGUUAGCUACAUUAUAAAUGCUUUAAAACAUUGCGGAAGGUUGGUUAUAUUAGGUAAGUAUAGCUACAUUAAAAAAAUACUGUGAAAUCAUUUUAUGCUUGCUUAGCAAAAUAACUUUUUUAAUAUCGUCAGCUUACUUCUAAUACCUCGUAACUCCAUUUUAGUCAAUUUUACAGGAAAACUUGUGAGCUUUUGGAGCACGGUUUCGACUGACAAAGAUACGAGCUUUAUAAUUUGUGAAUAGAAAAGUAGAGUUGACUAACGAGGUUUUAUCAGCAUAUGCACUAUGAAAAAAUAAAAUAAUACACCAAAAACAUCCGGAAUAUAAAACUGGAAAAAUCUGGACUUACGAGGUUUUAGAAGUAAGCUGAUCAUAUGUAGCUAUCCAGGGCUGGGAAACCGUUUACAUGGUUUCACAGUAUCUUUAACGUGGCUAUCCUAACCAAAUCAACCGUCCGCGAUUUUUUAAAGUAUUUAUAAUUUAGCCAACCUAACCUUUUACAAUGAACCAAAAAAAAAUCACCCCGAAGAUGCACGAUCGGUCGGGUGUUUGGCUCUCUCGUCUGUGAAAAAGAAGGCUUCCCUCCAAGGUCGACCGAGCACAAGGUGGCUGGCGACUACGAUCUCCCCGGCUUCUUUGGGUAAGCGAUGCGGGUGACAUUUCAUGAAGCAUUGUCGUUGAAACGUUUCCAACGCGAAAAGGAUUGAGAAUAUGUACAAUACACCCCUUACGAUAUAUUUUACGAGUCGAAAUUUGAAUUGCCAAAAAAGUUUCACUUCUAUCGCGUGUUUUUUUUUUUAAUUUUUAUAUUGAGUUUACUGAAAAACUAAAGUAAUAGCAAAGAUUUAUUUGGAUUUGCACUGGUUCCACACACACAUCCUUACUUAACACUCCCCCUCCCCCCCCCCCGCACCUUUUUGUUCCCAGUCCGUAUCCAAGUGUUACAUGAAGAUUAUCUCCCGUUUCCUUAUUGGUUGUAAUAUAUCAGCAUUUCGACCUCGAGCAUUGGACAUUAAUGCGAUCAAAUAACUGAUAGCUAGCUGCCUGUUGCCAUAUCGAAGUGUGGUAUGCUUAAUAGUUGGUGAUUUUGAAUUUAAAUUUUUGAUAGUUAUUGGUGAGAAAAUAAUGUAGUGAUUCAGGGAUGUUAUUAAUUUUUUUUUUCCUCCGAGCCUGCUAAAGUCAGGGAAUUGUUUUAUGUUUUAUCACGUGCUUGCUAGCCACACUGGUUCGAUUAUCAAGCUCGAAUUCAACUGUAGAACUAUAGAUUUUUAUUGAGUUUGAAAACAAACCAAACUGGACUUUUGACGUGACAACGUCUAAUAAAUCAGUGAACGCCGGCUGCACGCACGAAAAGUGUCCCGUUACGCUGUCCCGUUAAGCUCAUUGUACGCUUGCGCCGCAUCUAUCUGUCUUCCACUCGAUUGGAACAAGCAUCGAUUUGACUUUUUCGAGGCACAUUAAACUUGAAACACUCCCAUUCGUUUCCUACUUUUCCUAUCAUCAUCCUAUCCUUAACAGAAUAACAGAGAUUGGAAGAAGUCAAAUAUUAAACAUGUAUAAAAGUUAUAGUUAAAAUAAUCUGUUCGUUAAAGUAAUAAACAUAUUCGAAUUAAUAAGUGCAAAUAAACGUAAAUUUAUCAAUUAAAUUGUAUAUUUCAUUUCACUCCUUCUUUGUAUCCAGACAAAAUAGUGAUAAUUCAAUGAAAAUGAUUGAAUUUUAUUCAUAAAAGUAUGCAAUCAUUUCAUCAAUGUUUUGUUAUGACGUUGUCGCGUUAAACUAUCGUCUGUAAAACGACUUUGCAGACAGCCGAUUUUUUUUUUAUAUGUUGGAACAUUUUGUUGCAAAAAUGAGGGUGCGAAAUAUUCUCCACUUGUCCGCACGGAGCGGCCAGAUAUGUAGACAGUUAUUUCUUCUUCUUUUUUUUUUUUUUCACCUUCAAGUGUGCAACAUUUAAUCAAGAAGUUCCAAAAUCCUGCUUCAAGGGGUAGUAAAGAGGAUGGAAAUGAUUUUUUUUUUUGUAUUCUCACGUAGACGUGGCCGUUCUCUUGUAUGGAAGCUCAAGUGCAAAAUUUCAAUAAGCUCCGGAGUAAAACUGUAAAUUUUUUACAAAACAAAUCCACAGACAACACUUUUAUUUUUUAUGUACCUAAUACAUAUUUUAGAAGAUUCCCAGCUCUCCAAUUAUUCACAGAAAAACCCCUAAAUGAAAUGCCACUGUUUUCACUCUUUUCAGAGUUUUGUUCCCGAAAUAUUUUCUCUCUUUUUUAUUAUUUCCUUCUACCCUUACCGAUAAUAUUGCUAAAAUACGUAUUCAAAUAAUAACACUAUUUCAACGAAAAAUUUAAUAAUGGGAUGCUUUGGACGAAGAGUGUGAAUAAGCUCAUCUGUUAUGAAUUUCAAAGACCUGAAAACUGAAAAAAAAAAAAAAAAUAUCGCAAACGUUUUAAUUACUAAGUAUAUUCGUCGAUUUGUGGGUUAAUCUUCGUCACGAGUAAAAUUUUGACGUCUAUAAUUUUUUGGGGAGACUGCUUAUCUGAAGAUCUUUCUUGUCGAAAUUGAGAGUUGUCAUGCAGAUAUAUUUUAUGUAUCUAAAUGUUUUUAAUGUGUUAAUUUAUUUAGGUACGCACUUAAUUAUCUUAUCUACAGUGUUUUCAUGUUUAACGUUUAGAUUUAUCAGUUAUAAUUCAAAUACUUAUUGAUGAUAAAAUUACAGUAAUAUUUGUGUGAAAAAUAUGUGACCAUGUGCUCUAUUUUUGUUUUCUUUCCUUUUUAGACCUUUUGUUUUCCUGACUACGCGCAAACAAAAUUCUGAGAAUUUUUUUAUGGUGUGUUGAUUGGGACAAAAAAAAUUGUAGUCACAUACAUUACAUAAUUAACUAUAUUAUAUCUGAUAAUUUCCUAUCGGAUGCGCUAAAGUAGUGCGUAUAGAGCAACGUUUGUGUUUUAGGAGAAAAAAAACUCUCUCAUAUUAGCUCUCGGAAUUUAGAUCAUGUAGAUCAUACACCUGACGGUGCCUUUUCCCACCCUUAGUAUUCCAUUGUGUGUGCAUGAAUAUUGUUGAUGUCAUAACUGUUGCAGAAUCACACACUUAAUUUGAACUAUUUUAUGUGAAAGUUAUCUUUAACUGAGCGAAAGAGAAAAGGAAACCUAUCUUUUGGACCGAGAGAUCGAUCUUGUGUAUAUUUUUAUUUAUGUAAUGUGCGUUUGCGGCGUGAGCAACCGGAACAAACUUUUCUGUUUAUUUAUUUAUUUUCUUUAACUUAACCAAUGGAGUCCCCGUUAGAAGAGGACAUCACGACUUUUACGUGACUGUUUUACACCACCGAUUCAUAAUAUUUUUUUUUGUUGGAUUGGAACCUUUCAAUGGAACCGAGUUGAAAAUGUCUGGCUGAAAACCCUGCCAGUAUUCCUGUUUUACUUAAAUGAAGAAAAAAAAGUAUUGUUAUGAAGUAGCUUGGCUUCCGGGUUGUAGCCGCGUCCUUGGCGAAUAAUUCACCGACGUUUCGGUCGACAUUGCAGUCUCCAUCAUCAUGGGAGCAGUUACAUACUGUAGGUAAGUAGUAGUAGUUAGUAGGUAACUGAUCCCUGAUGAUGGCGACUGCAAUGUCGAACCGAAACGUCGGUGAAUUAUUCGACAAGGACACGCGGCUACAACCCAGAAGCCAAAAGCUUCUUCAGACAAAUGGCCGUGAAAGCCCGGCGAACAUUAUAUUGUUAUGGUUUAAAUAAGCUUGGCGGUGACUAAAUGUACACGGUGUUUAUGCAAAGUCGCUUCGCUUGGGCGCUGAACUUGUUCUUGUCGGCGUCUUUUUUUUUUGUCCUAAUUUAAAAAAAAAAAACCCUGUUGGAUGUUGGGAUAACUUAAAUACGUUACCAAACGCAGUGGUGUAAUGCAGUGUGGUGAAUGGACAGAUAUUGAUACGGGCGCUGUAAACGGGAAGCCUACGAUUCACUCAUCCUUCUGGACAUACCCGAAUACUCACGUUGGCAAGCCUUCUUUUCUUAAAAUUAGCAAGAAGUAAUUAAAAAUACUUUAAAACAUUGUGGAUGGUUGGUUAUAUUAGGUAAGUAUAGCUACAUUAAAAAUACUGUAAAAUCAUUUCAUGGUUGCUUAGCAAAUAACUUUUUAAUAUGUAGCUAUCCAGCGCUAGGAAACAGUUUACAUGAUUUCACAGUAUUUUUAAUGUAGCUAUCCUAACCAAAUCAACCAUCCACAAUGUUUUAAAGUAUUUAUAAUGUAGCUAACAUAACCUAAUUGACCAUUAGUUUUUAUGAGUUGCAUAUUUAUUUACAAUAAACAAAAAAAAAAAAUAAACCGAAGAUGCACGAUCGGGCGUUUGGCUCUCGUCUGUUGAAAGAAGGCUUGCCAACGUGAGUAUUCGAGUAUGUCCAGAAGGACAAGUGAAUCGUAGGCUUCCCGCUGUAAACAUCACGCCUGACAGUUUUUCGCAACCCGCGCGCCGUCUCCGUGCGCACUGGGAGUUGUGUGUCCCGUCUCGCACGUCUGCGAGCCAGCACGUGAGUUGUUGGAGUAGGAGGGGGAGGUGUGUGUGUGUGUGUGUGUGACCUUGACUCGUCGGGCGCGAUGACCAGGCGGGUGUGCGUGUGCCGCCUGAUAACACUCUCGCCUGGUCGAUGAACUCCUGUCCGGCGACGCGUCACAGACCCUACACCGCGCCGCAACGCGCCGACGGCUAGAAAACUGCCGUGCACCGCAACGCCGAAAUAACACUAACGCCGAACAGUGGCGUAGCCAGGAUUUGUGUGUAUGGGGUGUUAAGGGGCCCGCCUCGUCAGGGGUGUGUGUGUGUCGGCGAGGCGGGAUGAUAAGUGCAGUGUCUCCUCUGGACUGGCGCGCAGUCUUCUUGUCGUGCGUAUGAGCGGUGACCGUAACAUUAUAUGGCGGAGAAAUGAAGAUAAAGGUAUUAUUCAAGCCCCUUAAGGGCAGGGUUCCCACGCUCCUUGAAAGUCCUUGAAAAGUGCUUGAAAUAUUUUGAAGUAAUUAAGGGCCCUUAGAAGUGCUUGAAAAAACUUUUAGGUGCUUGAAAGUGCUUGAUAAAGUUUACACUGUAAGUUAUAAUUACGUUGUACAUAUUUAUUUAGGACAAGUUUUUAGUGUGGCACCGUGAUUUAAUUCUACGAUAACUUAUUUAUGGUAUGUUCAAAUAGUUGUCAUUUUUACAUUGAAUAAUGCCUCGUUUUUCGACGGCAUACGAUAAGAUAUCUUCUAUGCACUAUUUUUAUCGGCAGUUAUGGUGUCAUCAGUGUUUUUGUUCUGACAAAUGACGAUCACUUUCAUUUGCUUUGUGUCCAGAUUGUAGAGCAUUACUCUAUGAUUGUCCGUUGCUGCAGCCAUGUUGGAAUUUGCAGUUUGUUGACUUCGUUCUCGUAAAAAUGCAGGGAGGGAAGUGUGUUUUUAGUGAUGCGUGGCUCGCAAACGAUAUUUAUUCAUUAUGGUUAGUGAAAGUGCCUGAAAAAAAUAAAGCAAGAUGUUCGUUUUGUUCAAAAAAUUUUGACAUACGUAGCAUGGGUGAAGCUGCUUUGAAAUGUCAUAUUAAAGGUAAAAAACAUGCUGCUUUCACUGAUGCUGCAACAAAAUCACUUGGAUUGACACAGUUCUUUGGUGUUGAAAACUCCAGCACAGUAAAUGUCAAAGCUGAAGAGAAUAAAAUUAGGCCAGCUUCUGCUUCAGUUGUAGACAGCUGUCAUGUUACAAGUGUUAGUAGUUGUAGUAGCAGUUCCAGUCCUUCAGUAUCUUCACAUUUCAGUGGAACAGAUGUUAUGAAUGCUGAAAUAAGAUGGGCUUUGAAAUGUGCAACCAGUCAUUACUCACUUAAUUCGUGCGAAGGACUUCCAGAACUAUUCAAGAAUAUGUUUCCUGAUAGCAGUAUUGCGAAACAGUUUUCAUGUAGUGCCACAAAAUGUGCAUAUAUGAUAUGCUUUGGACUUGCACCACACUUCAAGGCUGCUAUCUUCAAGACUGCCAAUGAAGUGGAACACUAUUGCCUGUUGUUUGAUGAGAGCUUAAAUCUAUCUAAUCAAAAGAAGCAAAUGGACAUACACAUCAGAUUGUGGGACCCAAACAGCGAUGAGGUAGUUACAAGGUUUUUCACAUCUGUAUUUAUGGGACAUUCCAGCGCAGAAGUAACCCUAUCAGCUUUGCAAGAAGCAACAGAAAAGUUGAAUCACUCAAAACUGCUUAACUUGUCAAUGGAUGGUCCAGCUGUGAACUGGAAGCUAUUUAAUAUUCUGCAAGCUGAAUUAAAAAAGGAUUUUGGUUGCACCUUAAUAGAUGUAGGCAGUUGCACUCUUCACACUUUGAAUAAUUGCUUCAAACAUGGCAGUAGAUCUACAUCUUGGGAUAUUGACAGUUUUUUGGUGAGCAUAUACUGGCUUUUUAAAGAUUCUCCAGCUCGCAGGGAAGAUUAUUUGAAUCUUUCUGUAAACAAAAAACUCCCCUCUAAGUUUUGCAAACAUCGUUGGUUGGAAAAUGUUCCAGCAGCCGAAAGAGCACUCGAAAUUUGGGACGACUUGAAGAAAUAUGUCGGAGAAGUUGACAAGGGACAUCUUACAAAAAUUAAAUGUAAGUCUUACCUUAUUGUUAAGGAGGCAUGUCAGGAUGUUUUGAUGCCAGCAAAGUUGAACAUUUUCCUUUCGGUCGUCAAACUGUUACAACCUUUUCUUACGAAGUAUCAAAGUGACAAACCACUCUUGCCUUUCUUAGCUGAAGAUCUAAGAAAUAUGAUUGUUAGUUGCUUGCAGAGUUUCAAUAUUAUGAGGAAUGAGUACAUUUCGAAAUUAUCUUCACCAUACCAGGUUUCACUCUUUGACUUUAAAGACAGAAAGUGUCUUUUAAGUUCAUGCAAAGUUAACUUGGGGUUCAUUGCUGAUAGACUAGUCAAAGAACUUGUUCACAAAAGGGAAGUUUCAGAAAAAGAAGUACUAGAACUCAGACAUGAAACACAGAAUUUCAUUUUCUUGAUGCUUGAAAACCUAGUGGUAAAAUCCCCAAUCAAGUAUGCCUUCGUUCGAAGCCUUUCGUGUCUUGAGCCAAGAUUUAUGCUAACCGAUAGCCACAGCUGCUACAAGAAGAUGAAGCAGAUUUUGUCAAUUAUUGUAAAGGCUAAACAACUUCAGGAAAAGAUGUGUGAUGAAAUCCUGUUGGAGUAUCAAGAAUUGCUCCGAUAUGCUCAUGAAAACAAAACAGCAUUUAGUGACUUUUCCCCUGAUGUGUCUCGAAUUGAUGUUUUCUUUCGCAAUUACCUUGGUGGUGAGAAAAAGUUUGUGAAACUGUGGCCAGUUAUAAAAAUGCUUUUAAUUUUUUCACAUGGCCAAGCAGCUGUAGAGCGAGGGUUUUCUGUUAAUCGCCAUAUAGAAGUGGAAAAUCUAAAGGAAGAUUCGUAUGCAGCAAAGAGAUUAACCAUUGAAGAGGUCAGAAAAUGUGGCGGUGUUACAAAUGUUCCUCUAACAAGAGAGUUGCGGGCUUCUGUUGCAGCAGCUCGUCAGAAGUACAUGUCAUACUUGGAAGAGGAACGCAAGAAAAAAUCUAAUGCGCUGGAAAAGAAACGUAGUCUUCAGUUAAGUGAGGAGUUAGAAGUUCAUAAAACAAAGAAGAUUCGACUACAACAAACAAUAGACAGUCUCCAAAAAUCUGCCGAUGAACUUGCUGAGCAGGCAGAAAAAACUGAAAAUGUGAAUUUGAUUAUCCAGUCAAACAGUUUUAGAAAGACAGCUAAAGAAAAGUUACUUGAAAUUAAAAAGAUAGAAAAGAAAAUUCAAGAAGUAUCUGAAAACAUGAGGAGAGUAAAAUAAUCAAAAUUGUUAUAUUUUGUUGUGCUAUAUUAAAUAUUAAUAUCAUGAACCUUUGAAAGAUGUACUGUAAACUGUCUAAUAUGAGUACAUUCCUAUUUUGUAGUAGUAAUGAGUAAAAAGUGCAUUAAUAUUAUUAUCUUGAUAUGCAACCUGUAAUUAUAUGUGCGUGUAGAUGUAAAACUGUGCAGUAACUUAGCAUGUUGUAAAUUAUGCAGUUGAUAAAUAUUUGAUAUUGCAUCAUUGGUAUGUAUUUUUGCCACACUCUUAAACAUAGCAUUGUUAUGAACAGGAAUUCUGUAAUAAUGGGACUGUCAAGGUUAUAGUAUUUGAAGUUAGGAAUUCCAUGAGUGCUAAUUCAAUAUUCUUAAAUUUAAAUUCCUACCAAAUACCUACCUAACCAAAUGCCUACCUAAAUAACUUACUAUAAUAAUUGUGAACCAGUUCGGUAUAAUGUUAAACUCAGCCAAUUUGCAAUGUUACUGUCCCUCCGAUAAGCUUUUAUCUUUUUGUUUAUAAGUAAUAGACAGGAAAAAAAAACAAUUCUGCACAUGUUCAUAAUAUAACUAUAAGUACUAAAAUUAUUUCAUAAUAUUUAAGUCCUUGAAAUUUUGGAAAAAGUCCUUGAAAGUGCUUGAAAAGUGCUUAAAUUUUUUCAUCAAAAAGGAGUGGGAACCAUGAAGGGGAUUGGUGCACCAGCAUCGUAUUAUAAAAAACAAUAUAUUUGUGAAUGAUUCAGCUGCUAGAGAAGAUUUGAACCAUUCUGGUGUAAAAUUUAUUUUUUUAUUUUUUUAUUUUAAUUAGAUUAUUGCUGAUUUUCGGGAAUUUUUUAAAUUCAAGCUUUAUUAAAAAACUAUAAAGAAUUCAGUGGUAAAACUUUCGCAGAUAAAUUUUCAGACACGGGAGAUAUGACUGUGAGCAUUAUUUUAUCUGUAAUCAUUAUUAAUUUAACGUAUUUACAAUUUAAAUUUUAAUAAAUGAGCUGCUACGAAAUUGCGUGAUAUUCAUUUGCGAAUUUAAUAACAUUCGCGUUUUCAUUUGUAAUUCAAACGCCUACAUAUCUGUCGGCUGAAUGAUUGACUUUAUUUUAGUCUUUAGCUUAUUGCAGUCGGACCUAAAGUAAAAACGUAGCUGUAGAUGUUUGAGCCGCGUGCAAGCUCGGAUACGAGAAAUUAUGGAGCGCGCUGGACAGUAGUGACACCUUGCGACAGUUUCCCGAACUUGUUGCAGCCCGUUCCCACCCUGCCACAGCUGUCUGCUGUUUACGAAGGGGAGACGGGAUUUCGCGUGAAACUGAUAUGAAGUCAACGUAUUCAUUUUCAGUAGAUAAGAGAACGUGUUUGGUCUAGCUCGGCGUAUAAUUGAAUGGUUAUUCUCUGUUAUUAUUGAGCACAGUGAUUUAGCUAGAUGUUUUUUGUUGUAAGCGUGAGAUUUAUUCAGGAAUAAAAUGCCGAAGAAGCAGAGUACACAAAAGAACAAAACUAUCGAAAGCCAUUAGAGCGCUUAGAAAAAAGAAUAAAGAAAGAUAAGAUAUUAUUUUAUUAUAGCUUUUUUUGCCAUACAUUUAUUUUUCAGAGUUGCGUAUGUACAACGCGAUGGACGCGAUGCGACAACAAAAAGAUGUGUAAAAUUGUAAACAUGUUUUUUUUUCCAGCAAUGCGUGAACCAUUCAUAAACUAUACUCAACAUGUAUACGUAUAAUUACGUUUGAAUUUUUUUUAUGAGAGGCAUCAAUGUUAACAAGUUUUUUAAGCCACAAUAGACUUUUUUCAGAAAAAUAAGUGUAGCAGAAAACACUCAACAUAGUCUCACACAAAAUCAGUUUACAUGAAUGCAGUUUUAAGAAGUAAGCUACGUAAAUAAUAGUUAAACAUUAUUUAAUAUCUGCUGGUAACGUUUCCAAAGUAUCAGCUUCGCCUUCAUUCACGAACAAUAUUCGUGAGCUUAUUUAUUUAUUUUGCUGGCGUUUCGUUGGUGACUGUUAGGACUGCAAAAUUAGUAAACAUUUUUCACCCUAUCCUGAGUUAAAUAUAAGUGUGCGCGGUUAGAUGAGGACCUAGAUGUGUCUCAUGCUUACGCCUUUACACUCUACUCAUGCGGGGUAUUAACCAUGCGCGUAAGGGCGCGUUGCCAAUGACCUGUAGGAUAGUCUCAACAAUCCUCUACGGACUCGAAAAAUGUCACCUGCUCAUUGGCUACUUGACUUGUGACAACUGUUUGUUGUAAUGCCUGUGAUUCAUCGUUGAUUUUGUUGAGGAGUUUUCAGUGAUUCAGAGCCUCCCAUUUAACUGUGGCCGUAUUGAAGAAGCAGUACACAUGUUACAUGCUUGAAUUCAUAGCGAAUGGAAACCACAAAUAUUUACUGAUGUAGUGGUUGGUAAAAAAAAAAAAAAAUAUUAUUCGUAUCGCGUCCAUCGCUUCGCGCCAUGUUGGCUCCUAUAUUAUAUGGAUUUACAAAAUAUAACGAUUCAUUUACGACACUUAAGAUAAGGUGUGUAGGAUUUUAAGAAUUCACUUGAAUUAAUAUUUAAGAACAUAUUUCAGGAUAACUUGUGAAGACGCUCGUACAGACGGCACCGGUUGUGAUGACUCAUUGUUACCAGAGCAGGUAUAUACGAAGUGGCAUGUGAAACCUCAACACAACUCGAAAAUCACUAAGUGUUACAUUGAAAUGUGUCCGCUACAAAUGUUCAGGAAUUAUAAUUUUGAAAUCGAGUAGAAAUAUUCCUGCAAUUAGCAUUAGGUAUAUUUUAAUAGACAUUGAAAGCGAAUCAUUAAGUAGCUUCAAAAUCCAAAUACCAGAAUACAGAUAGUCUGUAACAAAACAGACCUCACCGACUAGAUAUGGUCCAGAUUGUUAAUACUAACACAUUUGAAAAAACUGACCAGUUACUGAAUAUGUUUAAAAUUUUUAAACCUGUUUAGAUGAUUGGUGAUGUAAUAAUGUCUCUUGGAAACUACAUAAGAUUUUAACUGCUUUUAUUUCUCCAUAAAUUCGCAAAUCACCAUGGCGGCCAUUUUACGAUCACGAUUUAGUUCUUAAAUUUUAAAUUAGUUUAUUUGUUGAGAGCCUGGUACAAUGUGUCUGACCACUAAAGCGAUCCGAGCCGCAUAGUGUAUACUACUGCGAGGUUGCUGAAGUAGGCUCGGGUCGGGACGAAUUUCGCUGUGAAGAAACAAAGGUUUUUAAUACAUGUAAAAUCAUCCCAAAGCCGAAAAUUUGUACAGUAGUAGAAUGAACAUUUCUUAGUAACACGUCAAAAGUUUAAGUACAGCCGCAAACCUUGUGCGUCACACCAGGGGCGCAACAACAAGGGGGGGGGGCAAGGGUAUUUUGCCCCCCCCCCCCCCCUCUGAAACAUUGAAGUGGGGGCAAACGGGGGCAAAGAAAGUGCUGUGUAAUCAAUUUUUAGAUAAUAAAACUGCUUAAAUAGCACCAUUUUCCACCUUGAAAUACAAAUUUUCUAGGGGGAGGACCCCCGGACCCCCACGCUUCAAUAGGGGGGAUCGAUGAUUCUUUAUAAAAAGGUAUAUUCCCCCCCCCCCUUUGGAAAUUUAGUUGUUCCGCCCCUGCGUCACACCAAAAACGAGCAGUUAAGUACAAAAUGACAAUUUUUUGAAACGAUCCACAAUAAUGGAUAUUGCUAAUGCAGUUUAUGGAGUAGACCGUCAGUAUGGAACCAAAAAUAAUCUAGAAACAUUGCCCUAUCUGAGGAUAGUGAUAAAAAGCACAAAGUUUAAACAUGUUUCUAUAAAAUAGACCUUUUAAAUCAUUAAAGGUAACGAAUUAACUUUCAUUCAAUUUUAAGGAAAUAUAAAUACAUCUUACAUAAACUUAAAGAGCCCAACGUGGAAAUCGCUUGAAGUAAACGUUGUUGCAUAUUUAUUCAUCUUUAAAUUGGUAUAUUUUUUAAGUGUCUCAUACAAUUAGUCUGACCACUAAAGCGAUCCGAGCGCGUAGUGUAUACUACUGCGAGGUUGUCGAAGUAGGCUCGGGUCGGGACGAAUUUCGCUGUUAAGAAACAAAACUUUUUAAUACAUGGAAAAUUAUCCCAAAGCAAAAAUUUUGUACAGUAGUAGAAUGAACAUUUCUUAGUAACACGUCGAACGUUUACCGAUGAAACCUUGUGAUCACACCAAUAAUGAGCAGUUGAGUCCUUAAUGAUAAUUUCUACAAUGAUCCACAAAAAUGUUUCGUAAACUUAAUAACUUUAAUACUUUUUUAAGUCGGUUCUCAUUAUGACACCAAUGUAAUAUAAAAGAAUGCCCUACAUGGUAAUUGUGAUAAACACCUCAAAGUUUAAACGUCAUAUUAUUAAAUUGGUAAUUUUAAUCAUAAAAGGUAAGAAAAAAAUAUAUUUUUAUAGAAAUUUGACUACAUGUUACAUAAAUUAAAUAUGUUGAGCGUAGCGUCAAAAUCACUUCAUAAAUAUUGUCUGUGUGUGUGUUUUUUUUUAAAGGUUUAAAUGUGUAUAUUUUGAGUGUCUGGUACAAUAGUCUGACCACUGAUGUAUUUCAAGCUGCGUAGUGUGUGUGCAGCAGUGUUAAAGUCGCUCGUGCUGGGACGUUUUUUGCUCCAGAAAACUAAGGUUUUUAAUGUAUGGUAAUUCCAGACUGAAUUUUACUCUGAAAGAAUAAAAGUUUCCUAACUACAAGUGAUUUUUGCUGCAAACGUAGAUAAAAAUCUUCCAGGAUGCGAUUUGCUUAGGUAAAAGUGUUAGUAUGAUAAAUUCUUUAAUUUCUAAAUUAUUAAUAAAUAACAACAAUAGAACUUCCCAGAAAGUUGUGAUAAACUGACGAUAUUGCGCGAGUAGCAGACCCGUACGUGACUACAGAGAAAGGCUAUUUUCCUUGACCGUUAGGAUUUCUGGGACAAACACCCUCUCACAGCUAGGGUCAUAAAAUACGGUCAAACUCUUGCAAAAACAUCCACCACCGCUCUUUGCCACUAGCAAUUCAACGAAGUAAGCUAGGCGCAGCACUCCAAUGAAUUAACUUAGAAAAAAAAAAUACUAAAUAUGUAAUUCUAUCAAUACAUUUUACAACACAACUUAUGUUUUAUUUAUUUUCUGGAAAAAAAUAAUAUUAUCAUACGAAUUAUGUUAUAAAAGUGACAAAACUCAAUAAGUACAUUUACGGUGUAUGGUUUUCUUCAAUUAUGUAGUAAACUAAUUUUAUACAAUGAAAUAUAUAUAUAUUAUAAUAUAGGCUACAUUAAAAUUUUGCAUAGUUCUGAUCGAAAAUAAUAUAGUGUACUAGCUGCCCGACCCGGCUUCGCACGGUUGUAUUUAUGGGGGGGAAAAUGAGACCAAAUCGAAUAGCACCGAUAGUUUCCCGACUCUCGAGCACGCAACGUUGUCAUGGAAACGAAGUACCCACUGUUUCCCGGGCUUAAACACCAAUCAACAUUGAUAAUCAGUUUAUUAUUAAUUAUAAAUUAUUAAGACUAUUAAUCGAAAUAAAAACCACCCUAUCUCUCAAGUUGGAAACAAUUACACAUAAAUGCCAAUUUUCAUCGAAAUCGGUUGACUUGGUAAAGAGUUCACUGGACCUUUUUAGAAAUCAGAUGUAGUUAGUAAUUGUCUUCUUAAUUUGAAUAAUUUAUAUCACUUUCAAAUCCCGACCGACUUUGUUCUACCAGUGUAUAGUUAUUUACCUGUAUAUAUCUAAAAAUUGGUGGUCUGUAUUUAAUGAGUGAU